UAUUAGGUAGCCCUAACUAGCCAUUGCCAGAAGAUAUAGACUGAGAUGAAGACGCAGUUGAUGUUGUUAAUGGUGGUCUCUGUUCUACUAAUUGCCGUCGUUCGUGGGCAGCAGAGCUACUUGAACAACAAGCAGCUCGACUGCGGCUACGACGACAUCACCACCGACGGCUACAUCUGCAACGGCGACGCUCCCUCAUGCGCCUCGUACCUAACUUUCCGCUCCAUCAACCUCUACAACACCCCCACUUCCAUUGCCCACCUCCUCGGCUCCACCCCCUCCGGCAUCGCCGCUGCCAACAACAUCUCCGACUUUGAUCCCAUCCCCACCGACACCUCCGUCCUCGUUCCGGUCAAUUGCACCUGCGCCGGUAACUUCUCCCAGCACAACGCCUCCUACACCCUCAAGCCCGACGACACCUACUUCGUCAUCGCCAACGACACCUACCAGGGCCUCACAACAUGUCAGGCCCUCAUGCAUCAGAACCGCUACAACGCCUUGAACCUCACUGGUGGCUUAGUCAUAGAGGUUCCGAUCAGGUGUGCUUGCCUGACCGCCGAACAGGUCGCCGCCGGGAUCAAGUACCUACUGGCCUACCUUAUCGACUUGGACGACUAUCUCGACAAGAUAGCAAUACGCUUCGGUGUUCAUGUACCCACCCUGCUCGCAGCAAACAACUUCAAGACCUCCAACGACGUCAUCUAUCCCUACCAGGCUGUUCUAAUUCCUCUUAAAACCAAACCUUCUCCUCUUCAACUCCAGUUUUCAGUAUCUCCACCAUCCCCGACUUCUCCAAGUCCUCCACCUCCGUCAUCAUCAUCGCCGUCUCCCUCACCGCCAAGUGGGUCUUCCAACAAGAAAUGGAUGUUCAUCGGCGUUGGCGUUGGCGCUGGAGCUGGUUGUGUCCUCCUAUGUGUCUUUACCUUCCUCUUCGUGGCAAAAAGACGACGCCGUCAGAAGCGCCACUCUGAUCCCAAGCCCGAACCAAAGACGGUUGAUCACACGCCGAACUCCCUGCUUCCCAGCACCACCUCCGGCAACACAACAACAUGGUGGUCUCCAUUAUCCUCUAACGGUCUUAGAAACGCGGUAGAGUCUUUAACGGCUUUCACGUUCGAGGACCUGCAGAAAGCCACUGAACUUUUCAGCGAAGCCAACAGAAUCGAGGGCUCCUCCGUCUUCAGAGCUACCUUUGACGGUAGCGUUCUCGCUGUCAAGGUGAUGACAGGCAACUCGUCUCUCUCCGGCGACGAGAUCAACAUACUAAAGCGGAUCAAUCACUCCAGCAUUAUCAGUCUCUGUGGAUUCUGUGUCCACAAAGGCAACACAUACUUCGUCUAUGAGUUCGCUGCCUCUGGUUCACUCCUUGGUUGUCUUGAGUUGAAGGGCAACAGUAGUCCUCUAUCAUGGAAGCAGAGAGUUCGAAUUGCUAAUGACGUGGCCAAUGCGCUCAACUAUGUACACAACUUCACACACCCUCCAUUAAUCCACAAGAACCUGAGCAGCAGCAACAUUCUCCUGGAUGCAAACUUGAGAGCCAAGGUUGCGAAUUUCGGUCUGGCAAGAGCUGUCAAGUUUGAUAACGAAGACAGAGAUGGAGGACAUGGAUUUCAACAGACAAGACAUGUGGUGGGUACGAGGGGCUACAUGGCGCCGGAGUACCUCGAAGACGGAGUGAUUACUCCUAAGCUGGAUGUGUUUGCAUUUGGGGUUGUGUUGCUGGAGCUGUUGUCCGGAAGACCGGCCUCAGGCGACGAUGAGUACACGUUGCUGUAUUCAUCCAUAAGGGUGGUGCUUGAAGGAGAUGAUGUGAGUGACAAAAUGAAAGGGUUUAUGGAUCCUUCUCUAAUGAGCCACUACCCUAUGGAACUGGCGUUUUCGAUGGCACAACUCGCAAAGAGCUGCGUUGCACCUCAGAUCAACUCGCGACCCACCAUGGCUCAAGCUUCCGCUACUCUAUCUAAGAUUCUUUCUUCGACUCUCGAUUGGGAUUCAUCUGAAGCUGUGGAUCGUGAAUAUUCAAGGUCACUCAAUCAAGGUAGAUAGACACGACUACAUAGACCCAGCACUGUACAAAUUGUACAGUCACGAUGCUUAUAUUUGGUAUAAUUAUUUUCUGUAGCUCGCUAUACUGGGAUCAAGUUCGUUUUUGAAACAUAUAUUAUCAAACAAGCCACCAUAUGUUUUUAUCCUUAA